GGCGCGUCCGUCCCCCGGGCAGCAUGUCGGGCGCGGCGGAGCCGGAGGCGUCGGUGUCGGCGGCGUCGCAGGAGGAGAGCGAGGACGAGAGCGAGGUGCUGGAGGAGAGUCCCUGCGGCCGCUGGCAGAAGCGCAAGGAGCAGGUCAACCAGGGCAACAUGCCUGGACUGCAAAGCACCUUCCUGGCCAUGGACACGGAGGAAGGCGUGGAGGUCGUGUGGAAUGAGCUGCAGUUCACCGACAAGGCGGCCUUCAAAGCUCAUGAGGAGAAGAUCAAGACCAUGUUUGAGCAACUGGUUGUCGUUGACCACCCAAACAUCGUGAAGGUCCACAAGUACUGGCUGGAUGUGAAGGAAAUCAAGGCCCAGGUGAUCUUCAUCACAGAGUACGUCUCCUCCGGAAGCCUGAAGCAGUUCCUCAAGAAGACCAAGAAGAACCACAAGGCUAUGAAUGCCCGGGCUUGGAAGCGCUGGUGCACCCAGAUCCUCUCGGCCCUCAGCUACCUGCACUCUUGCGACCCCCCCAUCAUCCACGGGAAUCUCACCAGUGACACCAUCUUCAUCCAGCACAAUGGACUCAUCAAGAUCGGGUCAGUUUGGCACAGAGUCUUUGCGAAGGCCAUCCCACCUGAGCUCCGCAGCCCCAUCCGUGCGGAGCGAGAGGAGCAGCGCAACCUGCACUUCUUCCCCCCGGAGUACGGGCAUGUGGCGGAUGGGACAGCCGUGGACAUCUUCUCCUUUGGGAUGUGCGCUCUGGAGAUGGCAGUGCUGGAGAUCCAGUCCAAUGGGGACACCAAUGUGUCGGAGGAGGCAAUUGAGCGGGCAAGGCAUUCUCUGGAUGACCCCAUCAUGCGGGAGUUCAUCCUGGGCUGCCUCCUCCUGAACCCAGACCGGCGUCCUACAGCUCACAACCUCCUUUUCCACCGCGUCCUCUUUGAGGUCCACUCCCUGAAGCUCCUGGCCGCUCACUGCUUCAUCAGCAACCAGUACCUGUGGCCUGAGAAUGUGGUGGAAGAGAAAACCAAGCAGCUGGACCUCAGUAUCGUCAUGGCAGAGAUCCAGCGAGAGGGUCGCCCGCCUGUGCAGUGGAGAUACUCAGAAGUUUCCUUCCUGGAGCUGGACAAGUUCCUGGAGGAUGUGAGGAAUGGCAUUUAUCCCCUGAUGAACUUUGCUGCUACCCGCCCCCACACACUCCCCAGAUCUACAUCCCAGCCCGCCGAGGACCCUCAGAAAGCCAAGACGCCCACGCCAGAGCCCUUUGAUGUGGAGACCAGAAAGGUGGUGCAGAUGCAGUGCGGCAUGGAGUGGAGCGAGGAGAAGAGGCAAUGGCGUCUCACCCUCCUUCUGGUCCUGGAAGACAAACUUCACCGCCAGUUGAGCUACGACCUGCUGCCAAGCGACAUUCCCAAGGACUUGGCUGUGGAGCUUGUGCACUAUGGAUUCAUCAGCCCGGACGACUGUGACAAGCUGGCCACCUUCCUCGAAAGCGCCUUCCGCAAGCAGCACCCUCCUCCUUCCUGAGCCAACAUGGUCCGGGGCAGGUGGGCCCCGUUGGAGAAGGGACAGGAGCCACCUUGGGUGUGGUGGGCCGGAGGGAGGCUGCUGAGGCUCCUCUGUGCCCACGCUGGCUUGGAGGGCAGCAGCCAGGUGGGGGAGGCACCAGGAGGCCUGAGGCUGCCCCACCCUGAAGACCAGGAAGAGCUGGGCAGGGCUGAGAGUUGGCGCUGGCCAGGGCGAAUCUCAGGAAUGGUUGCCUUUCCACCAGCCCCCGCUCCCAUCUCCCUCUGACUGGAAGCAGCUGCUGGUGGGGGUGGCAGAGGAAGUGCAGGCUUGCUCAGAGCACCCGCUGGCCCCUCUUGCUCUGCAGCAUCCCCUGGGCGGUGGCCUGACCUUGCGGUGGAGAGGGUGGCGGGCUCAGAGCCACGAGAAGGAAGCAGAGCUCCAGAGGCCUUAGCUUGGCUACCACACCCGCUGGAUCUCCCCCUCUGCUCCUGUCCGUCCCAGAUGGCGGGCACCCAAGGGCGAAGUCCCAGGACCUCGUUCUUCUCGGAAUGGUCGGGAGCCACAGGGCAGCUGAGCUGCUGGCAUUUGGACUGGGAAGGAGCUGGGCCCCAGGAACCCCCUGCUUCAGAAGUUGCUUCUGCUGCUGCCACUUUGAGCUGCUCAGCUGUGCCCUGCUGCUCUGGGCAGGCAGUGUGUGCGGAUUCUGCUCUUUUGUGAUGUAUGUUGUGUUUGCUGCUGAGCUGCCUGCCUUGGGCACCUUGUGCUGGCUGUGCCAAAUCUCUCCCCCCCCCCGUUGCUUUGUCAGUGCCUGUGAUGAUAGCAAAUAAUAUAUUAAAAUAUAACAAGCCUCGUGGGGAACUGCUGCCUCCUCCGUCUCUAACAACUGGCCCUUUUCCAGCCAUUCUUCUCUGGGCAAGGGCGCUGGGAGCCUGCACAGCCUCAGCUGCUCUGCCUGCCUCCCAUGGAGCCCAGCUCGGGUGCCUGCAGCUCCAGUCAGCUGGAUUGUUUGUCCCCUGGGAAGAGGCAAAGCAGCUCUCAGGAAAGGCAGACAGAGGCAGGAAGAGGAAACGCUCAGCUCAGAGGGCCUUGUGGGGGGACACUCCUCUAGACCAAAAAGCUGCUUCACCUGCACCCAACAUCCUGCCCCGGCACGGAACCCACAAUCCAUAUGCAUGCCCUGCUUCAGCACCAUCAGCCUUGCUGCUUGCUUGGAAAGAGGAUGGGGAGGUAGCAGAAGCUGCUUAUCUGGUGCUGCCUCCAUGGUUGGGUUACUGGCUGUCCCCCCCCCCCCCACGGCCAUGUGCUAGCAAAGCAAAUCCCAAGGCAAGAUUGAACUAGCAAGCCGUGCUAGCAGAACAGAGCCAGCACGAGGGCUCCUCUUUCUCCCACUGUGCCCACAGAAAUUGCUGGGAGAUCUCCCCAAACUGCACUUGGGAGGAAGAGAGGAGGUCAUCCCGCCUGGCAAGCUGAGAAGCUUGUGCUGAUGAAACAACUGGCCCUUGUACUACGUGGAUUUCCUCAGCACAGGAAUGCUGCCUGCCAGCGCCCUGGGGUCCUUGCUUGCUUGCUGCUGCUCUUUGAUAAGCCAGCUGUGAUCCUCUCUGCAGGUGGGCUUGCUCAGGUGAAUUAUGUAAUGUAACCUGUACUUCCACCCCCGCUGCCCUUAGGCUUCACUUGUCAAAUAGCCAAAGCCCUAUUUCCAUCAAGACAGUUGGGCUAAAUGAGCCUCAGAUCCUGCUGGCUUCCUUGAGCCAAGUCCAUCACCCAGCACAGUCCUUGCUGGGAGCGCAGAUGCAGGCCUGCUGUGCUGUAAGAGGCUGAAAGGCUUUUCAGUACUAAGAUGCACAUUCCAAAGGACACCCACGAGGUCCAGAGAGGAAGUUCCGGAAGUGGGCGCAGGGGGCAUGGAUGUCAUGUGCCCCCAGCCAGCAGGAGCCCCAGACUCUGUUUUCUUUCUAUUUCUUUUUUUGAAAAAAGUUAAGUCUCCAGUCCUCUUCUAGGCACUGUCUGUAAGAAGAGCCAAUUUGGCUGCUCCUGCCUUUCAAGGUUUUUAGCCAGUGAGUGAAGUCAGAGCUGUGACUGAUGAGUGAGUUGUUUAGGACCCCAGAGAUUCCUAUUGCCUGGUGUCUUAAAGAACUGCUGUUUCCCCCACUCCUUUAUAGCACACUUUUCUGGCUUGUGAUUCACUUUCUAAUCCUUAGAAUCUCUGUAGUUUGCCCACCCUUUUCUCCUAGCAGUUAGGAUACAUCUUUCCUGUGGUGUUACUUUCUGCAAAUACAGUAAGUAUGCAUGGAUGUAAAAAAAAACAACAACAACCGACCCUUGCAAAUGGCAAAAUGUGGAAAUUUUGCCAAGAGGCUUAGGUAUGUCUCCUGUUGUGCACUCAUUCAGAAGUCAUCUAUAGCUGACUUACAGUACAGUGAUAUACAUGUCUACUAAGAAGCCUGUUUGUGAUAAACAGGGCUUACCCUAUGGCUUUGGUUUAGGGCUGGCAUUGAGGGAAAGCAGGCUCCUUGUGCCUUUAACAGCUGUGUGGCAGACAGAAGUUCUAGAAGUUAAGCCUUUUCAAUUAUGGAAAUACAACGUUUCACUUGUU